CCUGCUCUCCGGCUGUUGUAAAGAUGGCGGCCUGUGCGUUACGCCGAGGCUUGCUGAGCACCGUCAGUAAAUACAACAAGAAGCACACACACAGAAUACUGAGCGUCAUUGACGGCAGCAGUGGGUCCGAGGUGUUCAGACCGCGGGUUCAAUGCCGGACCUGCGCUCUGCCCGUCCAACAGAGGCGGUUCAUGACGUCACGGCCCGAAGGGAAGAUUUUGGAGACGGUGGGAAUGUUUGAGGCUGUGAAGCAGCACGGAAAAUAUGAAACUGGACAGCUGUUUCUUCACAGCGUGUUUGGCUACAGAGGCAUCGUGUUGUUUCCUUGGCACGCCCGACUCUACGACAGAGACAUCACGCCUCCCUUGACCGAGAGCAAACCUGAUCCUCCGGGAGCCCACGGCUCCAAGGAGGUGAAGGGGAAGACUCACACCUACUACCAAGUCCUGAUCGACACCAGGGACUGCCCUCACAUAUCUCAGAGGUCCCAGACGGAGGCAGUGACGUUUCUGGCCAACCACGACGACAGCAGAGCCCUGUACGCUAUCCCAGGUCUGGACUACGUGAGCCACGAAGACAUCCUGCCCUACAACUCUGCAGAGCAGAUCCCAAUCCAGCACGAGCUGUUUGAGCGCUUCCUCAUGUUCAACCCGGCCAAAUCUCCUCCGUUCACAGCCAGAGACACCCUGAAGGCGUGGCAGGAGAAGAACCACCCCUGGCUGGAGCUCUCGGACGUCCACAGGGAGACCACAGAGAACAUCCGGGUCACCGUCAUCCCCUUCUACAUGGGCAUGAGGGAGGCCCAGAACUCCCAUGUCUACUGGUGGCGCUACUGCAUCCGUCUGGAGAACAUGGGCAGCGAGGUGGUCCAGCUGAGAGAGAGACACUGGAGGAUCUUCAGCCUGUCAGGAACCCUGGAGACGGUCCGAGGACGAGGAGUCGUAGGCCGGGAGCCGGUGUUGUCUAAAGAGCAGCCGGCCUUCCAGUACAGCAGCCAUGUGUCUCUACAAGCCCCCAGCGGUCACAUGUGGGGGACGUUUCGCAUCGAGAGGACCGACGGCUCCCACUUCGACGUCCGCAUCCCUCCCUUCUCCCUGGAGAGCAACAAAGACGACAAAGCGCCCCCCGCUGGCUACACAUUCUAACUGCGAGUAGUCGCCUCCCACCUGCAGGGGGCCCCGCCUCCUCGUCUGGAACAGCUUGUCAGGUGCUGCAGAGGGAAAAUAUAGCGUUUAAUAGAUCAUCCAGCAGAGAGACGUCAUCGAUUAACUGACAUGAGGUGGAGACAUUAUCGACAGUUCAAGAGACACGACGCAGAGAAGAGAGAGAGGGAGGAAAGGAGGGGGGAGGGAGGGAGAUAUUUUGUUUUUUAUUAUCGAGGGAAUCUUUCCUGCUGGGUUCAUGAAAAGAGCAACUGCAACCGAGCUUCCACCUCCAGUUGGAUACUUCCAGUCUAACAUGUUACUUUCUCCUCCGAGAUGUUCUCGUUUGAAUUUAUACAAACGCACGACUCGUAGCUUUCAUCCCGACCCGGUUUAUGUUUCUCAUCAUACGUCCAUCACGGUUUAGUUGCGUCAGGUUGACUUAUGAGCUGCUUAUUGUGUGCAAGUUAUGUUUAUUUACAACAUUGAAGCACACUGGAUGGAAUCCGUCACAUCAACAGAAAAGACUCGUCAGAAUUAAACCAAAUGUCUGAUUUAAAACGUAAUAUAUUUUAUAUAUUUACCUUCGUGUGGUUUAGUGGAUCUCUGGCAGCAGUUAUAACUUCUACAGUCUGUGUGAGGAGGUCUGUCUCCCUCAUCAGCUCCUUUCUCAGGUACAGUACAUACUUUAUAGUUGUACUUUUAGUUCUCUGAUAAAAACGCUGAUUACAUGUUUAGUGAUCACACAAAGAGACAACUUGGUUUUUAGACGCUUUAGGAACAAAAGGUGUUAAAAAUCUACAUCUGAGUAAAUAUUCUACAGGAUGUUCAACCUUUUAGUUUCUUUAUGAUGCAUUUAAUUCUUUACAGAUUACAGUUUGUGGCGUUUUGUCGGUUACACUCGUCGUCUUCUUGCUUCUUCACGGUUCCUUUUGUUUGUUCGUCUUCUGGGGUUUUAGAGAAUAAAACAAAGAACAAUACAGAGUAUAAACAAAGCCUUAAAACACGUCACAUCUUCACCUCACACUGACUCAAUGCAACGUAUAAAACCAGUAAAGGGAGUGAUUAUGUAAUUAUAAUUUAUAGUGUUUAGAUCAUCCAUAAUUCCAUCUUCUGUGACUCAAUGCUGUAAAAGAUCAAACUAACAACUCAAGGAUGGGGGGGGGGGGGGGGCUUUCCUUUUAUAAGCAGUGAACUGUAAAUGUUGACAAAGAAAAGAAUCUUUCGUUUGCCGUAAAGAAGGUGAGAUUCAGCUCUUAGUUAAUAACAAAUGCAGCAACCAUGAAGUCAUUAAAGCAAGCCGAAGUUAAGAGGUUUGUGUUUUAAAGCAGACGGAGGGGUUCGUCCUGGAUGUCGUUGCUUUUUAAUCUGUUGACGUCUCUCCGGUUAACGAGAGGAAAGAAACUAAACAUCGUUUUUGUUUCGAUAAGUGAUUUGAAGCAACUGGUGGUUGAAAUGCUACUGUAAAUAGAAAUGUAAUUAAAGGCAAAACAAACAAAUAAUAAACCUUUUUUGAAAAGUA